AUGGAUACUAGUUGGAUUGAUUUACCAAGAGGUGAUCCCGGUUAUUUUAAAGGUUGCAUGAAUUUCUUGAAACUUGCUAAAGAGACUCUUUUACCAAAUACACGUGAAUAUAAAUGCCCAUGUAAUAAGUGCAAGUUAAAUAAAACGAAUUCUGUAGAAGAAGUUGGAGGCCAUAUUUUAUUUUAUGGUUUUUAUAAAAACUAUAGAAAUUGGAUAUUUCAUUGUAAAGAUGAAGGGAGUAAGACCUAUGAUCUAAGUGAUGAUCAAGUAAAUGCAGUAGGUCGAGAUGAUAUGGACGGGUUACUAAGAGCAGCUUUUAGAGUUAAUACGCGACAAACCGACAAAACUCAAGAUCCAUCAUUUAAUGAACAAAGUAUUGAAGAUGACAAUUCAUAUGACAUGGAUGAGGGGUUUACGAUUUAUCGCGAGGUAGAUGAUGAGUAUCAAUCAACUUUCUCAAAUGAAGAACAGUCAUUUAAUAAAUUACUUGAACUUCUAAUUGACGCAUUUCCCAAUAUUAAGGAGUUUCCAUCGUCCUAUUAUGAAGGCAUGAAGAUAAUAAAUGAUUUAGGGUUAGGAUAUGAGAAAAUCCAUGCAUGUCCAAAUGACUGCAUGUUAUAUUGGGGUGAAUUCGCAAAUAAAAGUGAGUGUCAUAUAUGCCAUACAUCAAGGUGGAAAAAUGUGAAGGGAAAGGAGGGUGAUGUAAAUGAAAAAGGAAAAGAAGCAUGUAAGAAAGGCGGGGCAACUAAAGUAAUGCGGUACUUUCCCCUUAUCCCUAGAUUAAAGAGGCUUUACAUGUCAUCUAAAACUGUAGAGGACAUGAGAUGGCACUUUAAUCGUAAGGAUGAUAAGAUUUUACGACACCCUGCUGAUGGCGAGGCCUGGAAAAAAUUUGAUGAAAAAUAUAUAGAGUUUGCCGCUGAUCCUCGCAGUGUUAUAUUAGGCCUAGCGAGUGAUGGUUUUAAUACAUAUCGUCUUAUGAACACAAAUUAUAGUACAUGGCCGGUGGUCCUCAUUCCUUAUAAUUUACCACCAUGGCUUUGCAUGAAACCAUCAUCCUUUAUUCUUUCUAUAAUUAUUCCUGGUAAAUUUGGUCCCGAUAUGGAUAUUGAUGUGUACUUGCAACCACUAAUCCAUGAAUUGAAAUUAUUGUGGGAAGGUGUUGAUGCUUUUGAUUCUUAUAGUGGAAGCAACUUCAAACUGCGAGCAGCCCUACACUCUACUAUUAAUGACUUUCCGGCUUAUGCUAUGCUGUCAGGUUGGAGUACGAAAGGCUACAAAGCUUGUCCUUCUUGCACUCAUUCUACUAAUUCAGAUAGAUUUUGUGGCAAAAUUAUCUACCCUGGGUAUCGAAAAUGGUUGCCUAUUGAUCACCCAUAUCGUUCACAAGCUAAUUUGUUUGAUGGGAAAGAAGAAUAUGGUAUUGCUCCGAUUCGUACCAGCGGGACCGAAGUUUUAAAGCAACAAGAAGGGGUAAAGUAUGUAUUUGGGAAGACAAAAAAAGUUCCUAAAAAAAGAGGGAGAAAAGCUGCCAAUGAACUUGAUGAUGAUUGCGAUCCCGAUGGUGAUGAUGUUCUUUGGAAAAAGAGAAGUACAUUUUUUGAAUUAGAGUAUUGGGAGCAUAUUCCUCUUAAACAUAAUUUAGAUGUUAUGCACAUUGAAAAGAAUGUGUCCGAUAUUUUAUUAGGAACUCUUUUAGAUAUGGAUAAUAGUAGGGAUGAUGAGAGUGGCAGAGAAGCCCUAAAGAAUUUGAAUAUAAAACCUCAUCUAUGGAUCAACCCUCAAGGUUACAUCCCGCCGGCUGCAUACACCAUGUGUAACAAGGAGAAAGAAUGA